UGCGUUCUAAGCAUAAGCUUGUGGGAUUCGAUCGAGUGGCAGUAACCUCUCAGUCCCAGUCAUGGCUCCUCCUCAAAAGAUUGCUAGCGUUGCUUUCCUUGUGAUGUUAAGUUUAGGAAUUUGUUCUGCCACCAGAGCCCUUUUUACUACUGAACAAUUUGGAGCCCACACCCUGUCUACUACUGAUGCUGUAGGAGGGGGAUAUGGUGGCGGUAGUGGAGAAGGGGGUGGUGCUGGCUACGGAACUGCUGGUGGGGGAGGACACGGUGGUGGAGGCGGUGGUGGUAGUGGUGGUGGCGGCGGUGCUGCAGCUGGAGGUGCUGGGUUUGGAAGUGGGGCUGGUGAAGGAGGAGGUGCAGGGUAUGGUGCUGGAGGAGAACAUGGGGCUGGAUAUGGUGGAGGUGGCGGUGGUGGUAGCGGUGGUGGUGGUGGAGGAGGUGUAGGUUCUGGAGUAGGGGGUGGUGAAGGAGGUGGUUCUGGAGGUGGUUAUGGUGCUGGAGGAGGAGCAGCAGCAGGUGGUGGCCAUGGAGGAGGAGGAGGUGGUGGUAGUGGUGGUGGUGGAGGUGGUGGCGCAGGUGGUGCUGGAUAUGGAAAAGGUGGAGGGGCUGGUAGCGGAGCUGGUGGAGGCUAUGGUGGUGCUGGUGGUGGUGCUGGUGGCGGAGGUGGCGGCGGCUCUGGUGGUGGUGGAGGUGGUGGAGGUGCACAUGGCGGUGGUGGAGCUGGCUAUGGAGGUGGUGCAGGGAGUGGUGAAGGUGGUGGUCAUGGUGGCUAUGCACCUUGAAAACGCCUUUGUUACUGCUUCAGGCACUAUGGAUCAAACCUCUUUUUGCCAAAAAUAUUAUGAAAAAUAAAUUUCGCGGGUUAAGAAGAUGGUUAUUAUUAAACUACUGUAAAAAUGGAACAGAUCGACUUCUGUAGUUGGAUCAAAUUGAUAAUCGACCAGGAAUAUUGAUCUUCCA